AUGGAACGGGUAUGGAAUUUGAAACAGUCAAGUCUCCACAAAUUGAAGGAUAAAUCGAUUGGAAGGAAGAAUGUCAAAUGGAGUUCGUCGCCUCCUAGUUGGAAAAAGCUAAAAUUUGAUGGUGCUAGCCGUGGCAAUCCGGGUUUGUCAGGUUUUGGGGCUAUGGUCAAAGAUGAGGAAGGUAGUUUUGUAGGGGCUAUAUGUGGGCCUUCAGGAAUUGUUUCCAACAAUGUGGCGGAAAUCACUACAUUAGAGGAGGGGCUUAAAUGGGUUAUCUCUAACAAACAAUCAAAAGUUGCUAUCGAAGGGGACUCUCAAAUUAUACUAAAUGGUGUUAACAAAAAAAGAUUUACCAAUUGGAGGCUUAACGCAUGGAUCUCAAGAAUAGACUAG